GCACUGUUAUCAGUGUUUGAUUUCAUAUCGCUUACAGGUAUAAAAGAGCCGACCUGCUCAGAAUCACCAGAUUUACACCAAAGGCGUCACCCAUCUUGGACUUCAUCUUCACAGACAUGUCAGGGAAAGUUCUUCUGGUUCUCGCACUGCUGGCUGCACUGCUUGUGUCUGGUGUAGCCUCCUCACCUGAACCCUCUGCAGCUGGAGAAGCGAAGGAGGAGAAUAUCCUACAGCGGCUUCUAACCAGGCGGGAGAAGAUGAGAGACACGAAGUCGGCGCCUCAGACUCGGGUGGAGAGACGGCCACACCUGUCGGAAGAUGAACGCGAGAUUAUGACCAAACAAGUAAUGCAAGCCAUCUCAGAGAUGAUGAACUCUGAGUGCAUGACAGAUCGGGACUACCAGGGCUGGGUGGACUUCGGACGACGAGACGCAGACUGAAGCACAACCCUAACAACAACAGCAGCUUUGGAGCUCAUACUUACUGCUUUUUAUCCAGUCAAAGGAGAAAAAGUCAAAGUUUUGCUUCCCAGCAAGUUUACAAAUAAACUAUUUUGCAGAAUUA